AUGGUUGCCAGGCCUCAGACGGGCAGCCUACUAAAGUCCCCAGACGUCACACGUGCGCCCCAGCUAUCGCCUGAACGCCAGCCAAGCCAGGCCUCACAGGAGCGGCAUUGCUACCUUCUCGUCUGGCAUGCCGCAUCAAGCCUUUGCCUCUGUCUCUGCCUUGCGCUGGCCCUGCGGUCCCCUUUUUCUUCUCCACGUUUUCCGCCAAAAAUACCCUCCUAUCUCAACAGGGCCCGGCUAUGA